GUUCACCGAGUGUAAAGCCAAGCUCAGCCUUGAAGUUAACCAAAUUUUGCCAAGGAAAAAGUGGAUGACGUCAUUGGACGGGUGGGGUAAUCAAGCUAGUUGUCAUUUGUCAUAUCGGUUUUAAAUCCGGUUGUGCCUCCCUCAACAAAAAUCACUUUUGUGUUUUUUUUUUAAGGAAUAUUAAUAAUAUUUUUAUUAUUUUUUUUUUUUUUUAACAAUUCCGCAAUUUUCUACUCUAUAAACCGUUUUAAUGUAAAUUUUGUUUAUCAUCAAACCAUUUUACAGGAGAAAACGACAAUAUUUUUGCUAUAUUUAAAAUUUUAGCAAUUGUUUCCUGCACCUGUUGCUGUGAUCAAAAACGAAAAUUAGAAACAUACCAGUGCAAGUGCAAUUUCGAAAUAUCCAAGAGUCGAUUGUGAUGCUGUGCCUUAUAUUGAUAUAUUCGUUACAAAUUUUCAUUUAAUAUUUCACUAUGGGAGUUUAUUUUGCUAAAGAGGCAACUGAGGAGGCAACUGAGGAAGAUCUGCCUGAAUCUACCUCAUCAACUACGAAGCUCCAUGGAAGACUGGCUAGUAUCAGGCAGAGCACGAUUAAGGCAAAGGCAAAGCAAACUAUGCCUGAGCCUCUGGAACUAGAACGGCGAUUUACUAAAGUUUUGGCGUCCAUGGAUCUCCCACCAGACAAGGCCAAACUUUUAAAAAGUUAUGAUUUUGAGAAAAAAUGGGAUAUUAUCUGUGAUCAGCAUUUAAUGGGCAAAAUAAUCUCAAUAGUAACUUGAAUGAAUCGAGAAUUGUUUGAAUUAUUCAUUACGAAAUAAAUUGGAAUGUUGACUAAUUAGUGAAAAACUCGGUGAAAAAUUAAAACUUAAAAGAAUUUUAUCAGUAAUAACUCAGUCAGUCGCAUAAAUACACUGCACCCGCAAACUACACAAGAAAUAAACGGAACACUAGAGAAAGCAAGAGAAAUACUCAACUUAAACUAUAAUAUUUUUUUUCUUGAGUUUUUUAUUUACAUGAUGCAAGGAAAUAACACUAAGUCGCUACAACAUUGGCUAUCUUGUCUUGAGAUGGUUCAAGCCAAGGAUCCCCCAUCCUAUUAUCUGAGUAAAUUGAGAACCUAUCUGGACCCAAAAGCUUCUAGAAGCCAUAGAAAACGAAAAAUGGUAGUUGACUCAACAUCCACUCAAGUUUUAAGAGACUUAGAGAUUUCUCUUAGAACAAACCAUAUUGAAUGGGUUAGAGAAUUCCUCAACGAAGACAACAGUGGCUUGGACGUUCUAAUAGACUAUCUAAGCUUCCGCUUAGGAAUGAUGAGGCAUGAACAAAGAAUAGCAGAAUCUCGUUCAUCUUCUGAAGAAAGGCUUAAUCAGACGCAGAGUAUUGUUGGAUCUACAUGUGACAAAAGUAUGGACAAAUCAUUGAAUGGUUACUUCAAAACACCAUUAGAACCAAAUGAUAAUCCUAAUUUGAAAAGGCGCUCAAAACAUGUUGCCAAAUUGAACAUGGGUGAUUCUAAGGAUGAUAUCCAUGUUUGCAUUAUGUGUAUGAGAGCUAUAAUGAACAAUAAGUAUGGUUUUAAUAUGGUGAUUCAACAUAGAGAAGCAAUUAAUUGUAUUUCCCUAAGUUUUAUGCACAAAAGUCUGAGGACCAAAGCUUUAGUUUUAGAAUUAUUAGCCGCUAUUUGCCUAGUUAAGGGCGGACAUGAAAUUAUUAUAUCAGCAUUUGACAACUUCAAAGAGGUCUGUACUGAAACUCACCGAUUUGAAACAUUGAUGAACUAUUUUUUGAACUAUGAAAUGUUUCAUCUUGAAUUUAUGGUUGCUUGUAUGCAAUUUGUGAAUAUAAUCGUUCAUUCUGUGGAAGAUAUGAAUUUUCGGGUGCAUCUUCAGUAUGAAUUUACUACUUUGGGCUUGGAUACUUAUUUAGAAAAGUUACGUCUUACUGAAAGUGAAGAAUUAAAAGUCCAAAUUUCUGCUUAUUUGGAUAAUGUUUUUGAUGUGGCAGCUUUGAUGGAAGAUAGUGAAACUAAAACGGCAGCAUUGGAAAAAGUUUCAGAGCUAGAAGAUGAAUUAGCACAGAUGCAUGAAAGAAUUCAAGAAAUCGAACAUAACGCCCUAGAAAAAAUUGCCAUUCUGGAAACUGACUUGAUUCAGUUGAGGCAAGAAAAGGAAGAUUUAAUUGAAGGCAAAAAAAAGGCUGAUGAAGAAGUAACAACUUUAAGACGUGUAGUGCAACAUCAUGAAACAGAGUCCAAAAACAGACAGUCAAUGUUUGAAAAUAAACUUGUUGAAUUGGAAAGUAAAGGACCCCCAGAAGGAACUAUUGUUUCCGGUAAUAUCUCUACCGCUCCAAUACCACCACCCAUGCCAGUUCAGCCAUCUUCUGGACCUGUGGUGCCUGCAGCCCCUCCGCCGCCUCCAUGUCCCCCACCCCCUCCCAAACCACCUUCUUUAGUCAGUGCUCCUUUUGCUUUUAUACCCCCGCCUCCUGCAGGGUUUAUGCAAGCUCCCCAAGGAGCUAUGACUAUCAAACGCAAAGUGCAAACUAAGUACAAAUUGCCCACAAUAAACUGGAUCGCCCUAAAACCCAAUCAAGUUAGAGGCACCGUUUUUAAUGAACUCGAUGACGAAAAAUUGUUCUCUUAUAUUGACUUUGGGGAGUUUGAGGAAAAAUUCAAAAUUGGAGCUGCAGGAAUGCUGGCCGGUGGCGGGUGUGAAACAGAUGGAAUUCAUACCUUUUCUAGUAAAAGGUUUAAGAAGCCUGAGCAUAUUACACUUUUGGAACAUACUAGGCUUAGAAAUAUUGCAAUUUCAAGAAGGAAACUAGAAAUGUCUGCCGAAAAAGUCAUUAACGCCAUUAACUCACUAGAUCUCAAGCAGCUCUCCUUAGAAAACGUUGAACUUCUUCAAAGGAUGGUUCCUACAGACCAAGAAACGAAAGCAUACAAGGAAUAUGCACAGGAAAAGAAAAAUAUCAAUAUUUUAACUGACGAAGACAAAUUUUUGCUACAACUCACCAAAGUUGAUAGAAUUUCAGCUAAAUUGACUAUUAUGAACUAUAUUGGCAACUUUUUUGAUAAUUUUCAUCUUAUACAACCACAAAUUCAUGCUGUGAUAUCAGGUUCAAAUUCUGUAAAAUCUUCAAGAAAACUGCGUUCAGUCCUGGAAAUCGUUCUUGCUUUUGGCAAUUAUUUAAACAGUGCCAAACGAGGGCCAGCGUACGGUUUCAAAUUGCAAUCAUUAGAUUCCUUACUUGAUACCAAAUCCACUGAUAAGCGUUUGUGCCUGUUACAUUUUAUAGUAGCCACAAUAAGGCAGAAGUUCCCGGAUCUACUUAAUUUCGAUUCAGAAUUGCAAUACAUUGAAAAAGCAGCAGUUGUGUCCUUGGAAAAUAUCUUCACUGACGUGCACGAGUUGGAGAAAGGCAUGGAAGCAGUCCGAAAAGAAGCAGAAAUCCGAGGAAGAGGCAAUUGCAGUCUUGUGAUAAGGGAUUUCCUGGCAAAUGCUGAAGACAAGCUUCGCAGAUUGAAAACUGAUUCUAAAGUAUCUCAAGAAGCAUUUAGAGAAUGCGUUGAAUAUUUUGCUGAAUCUUCGAGGACAACAGAUGCCAAUACUUUCUUCUCACUCUUAGUGAGAUUUGUCAAAGCAUUUAAGACAGCUGACCAAGAAAAUGAGCAAAGAAGACGAUUGGAACUUGCAGCGCAAACAGCCAAUGAUAAAAAUAUGGAAGAUAGACUGAGGAAGAAUAAAGUUAACCAAAAGAAACAACAGUUUGUUUUAAUAGGACGCAGUUAUAAACGAACUGAAGACGAAGACUCGGCUUGUUCAAGAGAAGAAAUUGCUGCAACAAGAUGAAGUCUAUAAUGGAGCAUUGGAAGACAUACUUUUAGGGCUAAAAAGUGAGCCUUAUAGACGCGCAGAUGCUGUUAGAAGAAGUCAAAGGAGAAGAAUUGAUAAUCACAGAUUAUCUAAAACUAUGGACGAGAUAGAAAUUUAAUGAGAUGAAAAUAUCAUAGUAAAUUUUUUAUGUAAUUAUUACCCACUUGAUAUUAAUUUAACUUUAAUUUAAAUUUAAUACACCAAAAAUUUAUUAACAAAUGUCAAAUAUUUAUUUUGUUUUACAUAUUAAGAAAAGUUGAUUAUGACUACAAUCUAGUUUUUAAUUAUUUUAUAAUAUGCAAUAUAUCUUUAUAUGAUAUCAAUGUAUUUUCUUACAUAAUAAUAGGAGUUUUUCAAAAAGAAACAUAUCGCACUAAAGCAUGAUUAUUUAAUGUAUGACAAUAUUUAUUAUACUGUUUUUUAUUAUCUUUAUAUUAUGAAAAUAUCACUUGCUUAUCGAUCUAGCAAUAAUUAGGGUUUAAAAAAAAUACUUCUAUUUUGUUGUACCAAGUAUAUGUAAUGAAUUAUAUGGAAUAUAUA